AUAUUCUGUAGUAUUAUAGUAUUAUUUACAUGUAAGCUAUUUAUAGAAGAUUUGUGUUGCAUGAAGCCGUCCUACCAAUCGGGUCUACAGCUGUUGUUGAUCAAAUGUUGUUUUAGUUUGUGUUGAUUACCCAUUUGACUUAAACUUGUUAUUUAAAGUGUCCAGUGUCAACCUUCCAUUUUCUUUAGUUGGAUUGCUGCAAGUUUCAAGUAAUAUUUAUACAUGGUGGGGUCUAACCAAAUCUUGGCUGCUGAUGCAGGAAAUUAGGACCUGUGGGAAGAGUACCAUUGAGAAUUCUUUAUUUUUUUGCAAGUUGAGGUUGUGGAUGUCUGUUAAACAUGGCCACAGUUUUGGUGUCUUUUUCUGUUUGGUCCUAGCAUGAAUCUUCCUUGUGCUUGGCAUCAUAUAAGCCGACUUUGGGCCAUUGUUUGUAAUGGUCGGUGAGAAUUCUAUAUAUUAAUCUCCUAGAACAGUGACAAUCAGACUCCUGCACCCGCUGCUGCUUCCAUUCUCAAGGUCAAGGACCUGUUCUUUGAAAGCUUAUUAAUUAAGGCUUCUAUACUCAAAUUUUGAUAUAAGACCAUGAAAACUAGGAGGGGAAAGCGUUCUGAGGCCUUUUGGCCAUCCAUUGUGAUGAAGAAAUGGUUGAAUAUAAAGCCAAAGGUGUAUGAUUUUAGUGAAGAUGAAGUCGACACUGAAACUGAAAGUGAAGAUGACGCUUGCUCUCUUAAAGAUUCAAGAUUGCACGGUGGUGAGGAUCAUACCCAUAGGACACCAGGAAACCAAUCUGACUGCAGAAGCCAAAUUUCAGAUGCACCUUCAAAGGGCUAUCAAUUAAGACACAGGAGGGGAAAAUCAGAAACUCUGCGUGCACAGUACAUAAAUACAAAGGAUGUGAGGGUGACAAUAGGCACUUGGAAUGUUGCUGGAAGACUUCCAUGUGAGGAUCUUGAGAUUGAUGAUUGGCUUUGUACAAAUGAGCAGGCAGAUAUUUACAUUAUUGGCUUCCAAGAGGUAGUCCCUCUGAAUGCUGGAAAUGUACUGGGAGCUGAGGAUAGCAGGCCAAUUCCUAAAUGGGAGGCAAUCAUUCGAAGAACUCUGAACAAAUCUUUUGAACCUGAAAGCAAGCACAAAUGCUAUAGUGCCCCACCUUCUCCUGUGUUAAGGACAUCUUCAGUUGCAGAUGUAUUAGUAGAUGAAAUAGAUGCGCUGCCAUUGGAAAUGAUGUGUGAUAACUAUUUGGAGACUGCUAAUGGUUAUGACUUUGAAGGACAAGAUUUGAAUAAAGUUGCUGAUAUCGGACAAAAUUUACAGCUGAAGAGAAUAUAUGGUGUCGAUUUUGACACUAGGUUAGACUGGCCUGAACGUUCAUUAGAUGCAACCCCACAAGUUGUCUCUUCAAAUUCAAAAUUGCGGAGAGUAUUGAGCAGCUCAGCAAGAAUUGGCUUUAAUCUGACAGAGAACUCCAUCUUCUGCAGUCCUCAUGAUGUGGUGUUAAAAGGAAGCAGAUUGAAAAGAUCACACCAUAGCUCUGGAAACCUAGAGUCAAUGUGGGUGAAAGCGCAACAGAAGCUAGAAGUUGUUGAUUCUUUCUCUGAGAUGUCUGAUGAGUUUUCUGAAGAGGAGGAUGAUACUUUCUCAGAAGCACCAAUGGAGCGACAUGACAACAAUAGGACAAGGUCACGCCCAACAUAUGUGCGAAUAGUUAGCAAACAAAUGGUUGGAAUUUACAUAUCUGUCUGGGUGCGAAAGAGGCUGAGGAGACAUAUAAACAACUUAAAAGUUUCUCCUGUUGGAGUUGGUCUUAUGGGAUACAUGGGAAACAAGGGAUCUGUUUCUGUUAGCAUGACUCUUUUUCAAUCCAGGCUGUGCUUUGUGUGUUCUCAUCUGACAUCAGGUCAGAAGGAUGGAGCUGAACAGAGGCGUAACACUGAUGUGUAUGAAAUUAUACGACGUACCCGUUUCUCAUCUGUCCUUGAUAGUGAUCAACCACAAACAAUUCCAUCUCAUGAUCAGAUGUUUUGGUUUGGGGAUUUGAAUUAUCGUCUCAAUAUGUCGGGUGCGGAGGUGAGAAAGCUUGUUGCUCUAAAGCGCUGGGAUGAACUAAUUGACAAUGAUCAGCUACAUAAAGAACUGUGUAGUGGGCAUGUAUUUGAUGGAUGGAAAGAGGGGUUAAUAGACUUUCCUCCUACCUACAAGUAUGAAAUGAAUUCUGAUAGAUAUGUUGGUGAGAUCCCGAAAGAAGGGGAGAAGAAGAGAUCUCCAGCAUGGUGUGAUCGUAUACUCUGGUCAGGAAAAGGCAUAAAACAACUUUGUUACCAACGAGCAGAAAUAAGACUCUCAGAUCAUCGACCAGUCAGUUCAAUGUUUUCAGUUGAAGUUGAAGUCUUGGACCAUCGGAAGUUGCAAAGGGCUCUCAAUGUUAGCACUGCUGCUGUCCAUCCUGAUAUUUUCUUUGAUGAAAAUGGAGAAUUAGAACUUUAGCAGGUAACAUGGAAACAGCUUUCUGUUGCUUCAUUAUGCUUUGUAUGUCCAAUUUACAUGCAUUAUUCCGGAAGCAGGAUACCAAGUAACACGAUGAGAUGGAAGAAAGGUGUCUUCUCCAAAAAAUGAGUUUCCAGAUGCCACGUCAGGACAACAAUAACGUAGCAUACAAGAAAUAUGCAAGCGUACCUUGCAUUCAAGAGAUGAUAGCAGGAAUAACUAAUUUGUAAAGGUCGGAGUCAGACUAUGUGGUGUGCAUUUAACAACAGCUUUAUUACUUGUGGUGGGGUGAAUGUGUAGAGACUAACAUUCUUUUCUUCUUUUGCGCUUUAGCUAGAAGAGCGCCUCAGAGCAAAACUGAUGUUCUGAGUUAGGGCCUAUUAGUCUUGGCCAUGCCGUACUUUCCAUCUGUAUAUUGUUAUAGUCUAGUUGUUUUAAGUUUCUAUUUCUGCCUCUCUUCCAAAGAGUGACCGAGUUCUAGCUAUUGAAAUUUUGCAGUCAUACUUUUACCUUUAAACCUCCUUUCAUAAUGGCUCAAUGCACAAUCCAGGUUCCAGCAUGUCUAGUUUUUCUCUUA